AUGGGUGGCCAAGCUCCACAGUGGAAAUUGCACCCAAAAGGGUCCUCACUCAACAAGCUGGACCAGGGCAUCAACUGGCACCACUGGAAGAAGAGUGAGGCCACGCAGGGCGCCUCCCCGGAGGACAGGAGCUUCGCGUUGGGCAUGGAGGACCUGCGCAGGAUGUUUCUCAGGCGCCCAGACUGCCCUCAGUUCUGCUCCCGGGCCACGUCCAUGUCCAAUUACGGGUCAGCCUGCACCGUCGCCUUGCCCGGGGUGGCGUGCCCGGGCUCCGAGGCCUGGAAGACGCCCAAGGACUCCCCCUCCAGCCAGCAGGGCCUGGAUGCGAAGGUGGACGGGUCCCUCCUUCCCGUCAGUAAAAGCGCCUGUGAGUUCAAUUACUUGCGGAAGAAGAGUGAGUCCCUGAUGUUGAGCCCGGUCCCCAGCAGCCUGGUCCCCGGGCAGAGCCACCUGAGUAAACGGAUCCCCUGGUACAUCUCUGUCAUCCACGAGAAGGACCACUGCCUGUCCAUGCUGGGGGCGGAGGUGCGGCGCCUCUCGGAGCUGGAGGUGCAGGUCCGGAGGAAAGACCAGGAGAUCUCGGCACUGCAGGAGGAGCGCGAGGCCCUGCGCAAGCAGCUGAGAGACCUCCGCGGGGGCAAGGUCUCGGAGGCGCCCGCGGGCCAGGGCACGAAGGAGCGGGCCUCCGAGCUCCUGAUGAAGCCGUGGGACAGGCAGAGCUUCCUGCAAACCUGCAUCAGAGACGAGGAGGAGCUGCGGCACUGGAGGCAGAUGCAGGAGGAGUACGUCAUGCGGCACAGAGCGCAGGACCCUGAGGCCGUUGGAGAGGAGGAACAGGGCCUGGAAGGGGUGGUCGAGAGGCAGGCGGACGAGGAGGAGGACGAGGGGGCCCAGAAGGGGGCCGAGCAGGAGGGGGGAGGUGAAGAGGGGGAGGAAGAGGGGGAGGAAGAGCUGGAACUGGAGCAGGAGCCGGAGCCGGAGGGCUGGGCGGGUGGCCGGAGAGCGGCCUGCUUCCCGGACGAGGACUUUGAGGAGGAGCUGAUGGCCCAGCUGCAGGAGUACGAGCAGGUCAUCCAGGAGUUCCAGUUCGAGCUCGAAGUGGCCAGGACCAGACUCUCCCUGGCAACUGGAGCCUGCAUAUCUUUACAACGACAAGUGGACCACCAAGAGACCCAACUGCAGAAGGCCGACACGGAGAACCAGCUGCUGCAGAGGGAACUUCGCGAGCGGAAGCGUCAGUUACAGGCCAUGACCGACAAGUUCUCCAGCCUCCGGGAAGAAAAGAAGUGGGAAGAGGUGAAGGGGCUGGUUGAGAAGGACAACCUCCUCCUCCGACAGCAAGUGUUGGAUCUGGAGCGUGAACUCCUGAACCGCGAGCACGCCCUGGCCGAGUCGGAUGCCAAGGUCGGCCAGCUGCAGGCCCAGGUGGCCCAGAGCCAGAAGCAGCAGCGGAGCUGGCAGCAGCUGCAGGAGGUGACGCGGGACAAGGUGGAGGCUGUGCAACAGGCCGAGCAGCAGGCCCGCGUGGCCCUGGAGAGCGCCCAGUCCCGGCUGGAACGUCUGAGGAACAAGAUCAUUCAGGCCACCUUCGGCGCCACGGGGGCCAAGUCCGUGAGCACCGAGAUCUCCGACAGUGACAUCCUGGAAGCCUUGCAGAAGCUGGUCUUGGAGAGGGCGGAGUACUACAGCCAGCUGAAGCAGAGGGGUUUCAGAGGCCCCGCCCCGCCGCAGUCCGAGCUGUCCGCGCAGGGCAAGGCCAAGAAGUUGGCCUCCAAGUAG